CCCCUACACACGCAACUGCAAAACGCAGUGUAAUUGGACUUGAACACGCGCUGGAAGCUCUCACGAUCGCUACGGACCCUUUAGACGCCGUCGACGGGGACCUCGGGGCGCGAAGUGUCCGGAGAGAGCAGCGCACGCUCUGACUGCCACUCGCGCUGCCCAGCCGACGUCCGCGCUCGCUUCCGUCUCUGGCCGCGUUGUCCAUGGCGUACGGCCGCGCAGCGAUGCGCGUCCUGCUCUGCGUGGCGGUCGCGGCCUGGACUCCACCCACGAAACACAUGCGACGCCCAACCGCGCUGCACUUCACGAGCAGCGGCAGGGGUGCGCGACGCCCGACCGCGUUGUACGUCGAGGUCUCGCAGAUGCUCUACGAACAAAGGGAAAAGAGCAUUGAACAAAGAGGUGAAUUCGAGGAGGAGCUGAUUGGCAGUGGUGGUACUAGUCUAGAAGCCUGCGCUCCUUCCAAGCUCGUGAGCGAACUGUUAAGCGAGGGUGUAGGGCGAUGUGACAACGUCCUCGACCCGCAGCAAGCCGACGCGCUCAAGACCUUCGUCAGAGACGCACUAAUUAAAGCAGAGCGCGACACGAGCAAGGGCAAAAUUCCGCAGAAACACCGCUUCGCCGAGGUGCUCCUCAAGGAGAACCGGCGGGACUUCCUCCUCCCUCUAGAUGAUGAGAAGGUCCUCAAUGCAGCUAGAACUAUAGCCCUGUCGCCGAUCGGCGACGCUGUGGAAGAGAUUCUUGGUACGGACGCCGUCGUGCACGAGUGCAGCUGCCUGAUCUCCGACCAUGGAAGCCCGAGACAAGUGCUGCACCCGGACACCCCCCAGCACGAGACCGGCGAGACGCCGCUCUUGACGUGUUUCACCGCAUUGCAAGAUGUCAGUGAAGAUAUGGGUCCCACGCUCUUCCUCCCGAAGACGCAGGACAAGGUCAGCCACCUGCGCUUUUUCAAUGACGUGACCAAGGAUGAACUGUUGAAGGAACACUCCUCAAAUCGCAAGGUAGGCCUGCUCAAUGUGGGAGACGUCUCGUGCUUCGAUUCUCGCACUUUACAUGCGGGCACGGCGAACCGCGCUCCAGGAACGCGCCGCGCGAUGUUCUACCUGUCCUUCCGCAAUCCGCGCAUCAGCGAUCCCGGGAAUCCACCAUCACUCAGACCGUGCUUCACGAACGGCCUGACCCUGUCCGAUUUACGCGGUAACAGUGCAAAGAAGAAGGCCAAGCUGCUGGCCAAGGACGACCCGCGGCCGGCCGGCGGCGGCAAGAAGAAGAAGAAGCGCGCGGGGUUCGCGAGUAGUCGAUAGUAGUUGUAAGGGUCCUAUAGAAAU